UAUCACAGAGUAAUAACUAAUUUCUUAAUCUAUUUGAAGUCUCAUAAAAUAUUUUUUCAAUUCAAAAUUGAGUAUGGAAGAUCAAUUAGAAUUAGCAAUUUUAGCUGGGGCCAGUGAUGAGGAUAUGGAAGAAUUGAUUCUUCAUAAUGUCGUUGGGGUCGAAAAUUCAUCUAAACCAAUUGAACCUGUUUUUGAUUUCGACAAUAUAAUAGACGAGCAGUUUUAUGUGAAUAACUUUCGUUUCACAAAAAAAGAUCUGCGAAGACUCAGACAUGUGCUGAGAAUUCCCCAAAAAAUAGUUACCGAAACAAGAAAUACAGUGGAUGGACAACUAGCACUGUGCAUACUUCUGAAACGGCUGAGUUAUCCAAAUCGACUAAUUGACUUGGAAAGUUUUUUCAAUUACGAAUCUCAGUCAUUAUCCCAGAUUAUUACUGCAACUGCAAAUUUCAUCAUGGAAAACCAUGGACAUUUGUUAGACAAUUUGAGUGCACAUCAGUGGCUUGAUAGAAAUAGAUAUCAGCUAUAUGCACUGUCAAUUCGCAAUAUGGGAGGAGCAGUACCAAACUGCUGGGGUUUUAUUGAUGGAACUGUUAGACAAAAUUUGUCGGCCAAGUAUCCAUCAAGAAGAUUACUACUCUGGGCACAAGAGAGUGCAUUGUGUCAAAUAUCAAUCUAUUUUAUGCCCUGAUGGAAUAAUUAUCAACCUAAAAGGAGCAUUUCCAGGAAGACGCCAUGACUCUGGAAUACUAAGGGAAACUAAUAUCUAUAAUCAAUUGGAACAAAACUGUAUUUUUUCUAAUAAUGAAAAUUAUGUAAUUUAUGGAGAUCAGGCAUAUGGGGUUAAACAAUUACUUUUAUCCCCAUUUUCAGGGCAGCCUGUGAAUUUAUUAGAACAUGAAAUUGCUUUAAACAAUAGUAUGGAGGUGCUGAGAGUUGCUGUAGAAUGGGGUUUCCAAAAACUAGUAACCCAAUUUGCCUUUUUAGAUUUAAAAAAAAAAUCAAAAACUCCUAUUAACUGAUAUUGAAGCAUUAUACAAAUGUGCAGUCAUUUUGAUAAUUUGUCAUACCUGUUUGAAUGGUAGUCAGUCAAGUAUUUAUUUUGAUGUAACCCCAUCGGUGUUGGAAUAUUAUAUUGGUUAACAGAA